GGGAUAUUCUCAUGUAAACAUCACUAAGCCGCAGGAGUAAGAGGGACCAUGUCACACUGCUAAUUAAAAUUCGCACGAACACUCUUGUAUUUAUAGGUGGGCACUAAGAAGGUCUAAGACCAGUAGAAGGCAGGCAAGAUGAGUGAGCAAGGGGAUAAGUCUACGGCAUCUAGCUCCACAAAGAAGGCUGGCCUUGUUUCCUUCCUCACAGGCAAACCCAUUGAGAUUCCCGAAAAGCAUCUGUUUGGAAAAUGCCGAUUUGUAGGGGAAUUUGAAAAACUAAAUCGUGUUGGAGAAGGCACAUAUGGCGUUGUUUAUCGUGCUCGAGAUACAAAGACUAAUGAAAUUGUUGCCCUCAAAAAGAUGCGCAUGGAAAAAGAAAAGGAUGGGAUGCCAAUAUCUGGGCUGCGGGAGAUAAUGUUGCUUCAGUCUUGUAAUCAUCCAAAUAUUGUGUGCCUAAAGGAAGUUGUCGUUGGGCGUAGUUUAGAAAGUAUCUUUCUGGUAAUGGAGUACUGUGAGCAAGACUUGGCAAGUUUGCUGGACAAUAUGCAGAUACCUUUCAUGGAAGCUCAAGUCAAAUGUAUAAUGAUUCAGGUAUUCAAGGGUCUUGCAUAUCUACAUACGAAAGAGAUAGUUCAUCGAGACGUGAAGGUGUCCAAUCUCCUCCUAACAAAUAUGGGAACAAUAAAAAUAGCUGACUUUGGGCUUGCUCGUGAAUUAGGAUAUCCAAUGUCUCCAAUGACACCUCAGGUGGUAACACUGUGGUACAGGGCUCCUGAACUGCUCUUCCAGGCCAAGACUCAGACAACAGGUGUAGACAUGUGGGCAGCUGGCUGUAUUCUUGGGGAACUCCUGUUGCACAAACCACUACUGCCCGGAAAGUCAGAAAUUGAACAGAUUAACCUCAUUAUCAAUCUAUUAGGUACGCCAAAUGACACAAUAUGGCCAGAAUUUUCUCAGUUACCAGCAAUUGAGAACUUUACACUGAAAGCUCAACCAUAUAACAAUCUGAAAACCAAAUUCCCAGCCCUGUCAGCAUCAGGACAACGUCUGCUUAACUUUCUCUUCAUGUAUGACCCCAAGAGACGGGCUACUGCAGAGGAGUGUCUUAAGAGCUCCUACUUCAAAGAAAACCCAUUACCAUGUGAUCCACGAAUGAUGCCAACAUUCCCGCAGCAUCGUAAUCUUAAGCAACAGCCAGGGAUGUUACAACAACCACCACCUGUCAUAACCCAAGUAAUUACAGGACCGCCAAUAAAUAUGUUUCCCCAAGAGUGCCAAGAAUCAGAGACUUAUAUCGGUUCUAAGAUUGGCAUUAGUGAACUUCUGAACUCUCUUCAAUGAACACAGCAUUUGUUACUGUGUGUGUAAAUUAAGAUGUACAGUAUUUAAUUAUAUAUAUUUAGAUUGGUACAUUGGCAGAACACAAAUGAAAUGGAUUGUUUAAAUUAUUUUUGCAUAAUUAUAAAUUUGUGUCGAGUUUUGCUGAUGUAUGCAACUUAUAACUCGACAGUCUGGAAUAUGAUGUAUCAUAUCACUGAACCUUGAGAAGUGUAAAAUUUUUGUAUAUUUUAUAUUUGUUUUAUAUGAUGACUGUAAUUUUUUGUGUGAAUGUCUUUUGCACAGCCAGCUCCUGAUAAACAAAUUACAAAUUUAAGAACGAACUGAUUGGAAAUUUGAUGGCAGUAAAUGAAGCUCUGGAUAUAAUGUACUUCAAAGCUGUACAGUAAUUAUGAUUUAUACAUCCCAUAAACAAAAAAAGAAAUAUAAUUCCUGAAGUUGUUUAAUGUUUCUUACUGUCAUCGAAUGAUAAUUUCAUAAUACUGUACCUGUAUAACAGGUUGAUAUUUUGCCCUUAUACUGUAUAUAAAUAAGGCAAUACUCUUUUUUACUGUAACAAAAUUAAAUUGCAUUAAAUAAAAUUGACCAUGAAU